GCCCCAGCUCUUUCUGGGCCUCUCUGCGCCGGGGGCGCCUGCCUGUUAGUGGAUUUCCAAGAUGGCGGCGCUGUUGGCGGUAAAUUCAGCUGCCAGUUUGUGGGGUCCAUACAAGGACAUCUGGCAAACAGUGGUAAAUGGUAUCUGGAAAAGGCAACCUGAAGCCAUCCAUCUCCUGGACCAGGUUUUAAAGAAACACAAACCUGACUUUAUCUCACUGUACAGAAAUCCGCCAAAGAAUGUGCAACAGCAUGAGAAGAUUCAGAAGGCAAGUACUGAAGGGGUUGCCAUCCAGGGUCAGCAGGGUACCAGACUUUUGCCAGAGCAGCUCAUUAGAGAAGCCUUUAUCCUGAGUGACCUCUUUGAUAUUGGAGAGCUGGCAGCUGUUGAGCUCCUUCUAGCUGGGGAGCACCAGCAACCUCAUUUUCCUGGCCUUACAAGGGGUUUAGUGGCAGUUCUUUUGUACUGGGAUGGAAAGAGAUGCAUUGCCAAUUCACUGCGAGCCCUCAUCCAGUCACGGCGGGGCAAGACAUGGACACUGGAACUCAGCACAGAGUUGGUGUCCAUGACAACACGCUUUACAGAUGAGCUGAUGGAGCAGGGUUUGACUCAGAAGAUCCUAACUCUGGUAUCUCAUAUCAAUGUGAACAGUGAGUUUGAGAAACUACAAAGGGAGCGAGGUCUGGGCAGUGAGAAACAUCGCAAAGAGGUUUCUGACCUUAUCAAAGAGUGCCGACAGUCAUUGGCUGAAAGCCUGUUUGUCUGGACCUGCCAGUCUCCACUGAGCAGGGAUGAUACUUUAAUCCUUAUUAGUUAUCUGGAGAAAGUGACAGUUGAAGCUGAUGGCUUAUUGGACUGUGUGAAUUUGUCCCUCCUCAUGGCUCUUCUUUACUGCUUUGAUGUCAGUUUUCUAGAACAGAGCACAGAGGAUCGGGAAGAUUUGAUGCACCAGCUGCCUCUGUUAACCGAGAGACAAUACAUAGCAACAAUCCACACUCGCCUUCAAGAUUCUCAACCAUGGAAACUACCAGGGCUGCAAGCUACUGUUAGAUUAGCAUGGGCACUAGCAUUGCGAGGAAUAUCCCAGCUGUCUGAUGUGACAGCUCUUGCAGAAUUCACUGAGGCCGAUGAGGCAAUGGCAGAGCUAGCAAUUUCUGAUGAUGUCUUCCUGUUCCUUACUGAAUCUGUGGUGGGGUCUGAAAACUUCUACCAGGAAGAAUUUUACAUCCGCAAAAUUCAUAACCUUAUCACAGACUUCCUUGCGCUCAUGCCGAUGAAAGUGAAACAGCUGAGAAACCGUGCAGAUGAAGAUGCUCGUAUGAUCCACAUGAGUAUGCAGAUGGGUAAUGAGCCACCUAUUUCCCUUCGGCGGGAUCUGGAACAUCUUAUGCUUUUAAUUGCUGAGUUGUACAGGAAGGAUCCCUUUAAUCUGGAACUUGCUCUUGAGUAUUGGUGUCCUUCAGAACCUCUCCAAAGCUCCACCAUUAUGGGAUCUUAUCUUGGAGUAGCCCAUCAGCGACCUCCUCAGCGCCAGGUCGUCUUGUCAAAGUUUGUUAGACAAAUGGGAGACCUACUUCCCUCCACAAUAUACAUCCCAUAUUUGAAAAUGCUUCGGGGAUUGGCCAGUGGGCCCCAGUGUGCUCAUUAUUGCUUCAGUUUGCUGAAGGUCAAUGGCAGCAGUCAUGCUGAAAACAUCCAAGGAACAGGUGGCAGCCCUGUCUCCUGGGAGCAUUUCUUCCGCUCCUUGAUGCUGUAUCAUGAGCACUUAAGGAAGGACUUGCCAAGUGCAGAUAGUGUUCAAUACCGUCACCUCCCCCUCCGAGGAAUCACCCAGAAAGAACAGGAUGGAUUGAUUUCCUUUUUACAGCUUACAACUACUAUAGUGAAAUGGAGUGAGAAUGCUCGUUUGGCACUCUGUGAGCACCCCCAGUGGACUCCAGUGGUAGUCAUUUUGGGACUCCUGCAAUGUAGCAUCCCUCCCAUUUUGAAAGCCGAACUAUUAGAGACUCUUACUGCCUUUGGAAAAUCUCCUGAGAUAGCUGCUUCACUCUGGCAAUCACUGGAAUAUGCACAGAUAUUACAGACUGUAAGAGCUCCAGGUCAAAGGCAAGCAACUGGCAUUGAGGUUGAACUGAAUGAGGUUGAAUCUCGGUGUGAGGAGUACCCUUUAACCCGUGCCUUCUGUCAGCUAAUCAGCACGCUGGUGGAGAGUUCAUUCCCUUCUAACUUGGGGGCAGGACUGCGCCCACCAGGCUUUGACCCCUAUCUGCAGUUCCUCAGAGACACUGUGUUUCUCCGAUUUCGCACCAGAGCUUACCGGAUUGCUGCUGAAAAGUGGGAGGUAGCUGAGGUGGUUCUGGAGGUUUUUUACAAGCUGCUGAGAGACUACGAACCUCAACUUGAAGACUUUGCGGACCAAUAUGUGGAGUUACAAGGAGAAGAAAUAAUAGCACAUAAACCACCUGGAUUCAGUCUGAUGUAUCAUUUAUUGAAUGAGUCACCAAUGUUGGAACUGUCCCUUAGUCUGCUGGAAGAAGGGGUUAAACAGCUUGAUACGUAUGCCCCCUUUCCUGGGAAGAUGCAUUUGGAGAAAGCAGUGCAAUAUUGCCUUGCACUUCUUAAUCUGACCCUACAGAAGGAGAACCUCUUUAUGGACCUCUUACGUGAGAGCCACCUUUCCCUAAUUGUCACACCUCUGGAACAGCUGCUGCAAGGAAUCAACCCCCGCACUAAAAAGGCAGACAAUGUGGUAAACAUUGCCAGGUAUCUUUAUCAUGGCAACAGCAAUCCUGAACUGGCUUUUGAAAGUGCCAAGAUCCUUUGUUGCAUUUCUUGUAACUCCAACAUUCAGAUAAAGCUAGUAGGAGAUUUCACACAUGAUCAGAGUAUAAGUCAGAAGCUGAUGGCUGGGUUUGUGGAGUGUUUGGACAAUGAAGAUGCAGAGGAAUUAAUUAAUCCGGAAGAUGAUCUGGAAUCUGAAAAAAAGCAGUCUCGGAUCCACCAUGAAACAAAAAUCCACAUCCUGAACCUUCUCAUCACCUCUCUGGAGUGCAGUCCACCCAACCUGGCCCUGUAUUUUUUGGGGUAUGAACUGAAGAAACCUGUCAGCACCACAAAUCUGCAAGAUCCAGGUGUCUUGGGUUGCCCCAGAACUUGCCUUCAUGCUAUCUUGAAUAUACUGGAGAAAGGGACUGAAACAAGGACGGGCCCUACAGCAGUGCAAGAAUCUCCCCAUCUUGCAGAACUGUGUUAUCAGGUGAUCUAUCAGUUGUGUGCAUGUUCAGAUACAUCAGGUCCAACUAUGAGAUAUUUGAGGACCAGCCAGGAUUUCUUAUUCUCUCAGUUGCAGCAUUUGCCAUUUUCUAUCAAAGAACAUGAGAUUUCAGCACUAAACCAGAUGUCUUGGCUGAUGAAAACUGCAUCUAUAGAACUGCGUGUGACAUCACUGAACCGCCAGCGUUCCCACACACAGAGACUCUUGCAUCUGCUGCUGGAUGACAUGCCUGUAAAACCUUACUUAGCUGAUGGUGAAGGAGGGAUGGAAGAUGAAAGUCGAUCAAUCAGUGCAUUUCUUCACAUUGACACUGCCUCCAAAGUACGCAGGAAGAUCUUGAGUAUUCUGGAUUCCAUUGACUUCAGUCAGGAGAUCCCUGAACCUUUGCAACUGGAUUUUUUUGACCGUGCUCAGGUUGAGCAGGUCAUUGCUAACUGUGAGCACAAGAAUGCACGUGGGCAAGUUAUUUGCAACGUCAAGUAUCUUCACAGAGUUCUGGUUGCAGAAGUUAAUGCCCUUCCAGGAAUGGCAGCCAUAGGACAGAGACCUUUACUUAUGGAGGAGAUCAACACAAUUCUGCAGUACGUGGUGGAGCGGAACAAGUUGCUGCAGUGUCUCCAUGCAAAGCGGCAUGCACUGGAGUCCUGGAGACAGCUGGUGGAAAUUAUACUCACUGCCUGCCCACAAGACCUCAUACAGGCUGAAGAUAGACAGCUGGUUAUCCGGGACCUCUUACAAGAUGUGCAUGACAAGAUUCUAGAUGAUGAUGCAGCUCAGGAGUUAAUGCCAGUGGUGGCAGGGGCUGUGUUUACCCUCACUGCCCACCUUAGCCAGUCUGUGCGCACUGAGCAAAAGCGGCCACUUGCAGUCCCUGUACCUGGACACUCCCAGUAUGUCUUGAUGCUGGAUGGUUCUUUCACAUCAUCACCUGGUUCAGAGGGCAUAUCUGUGGGUUUUGCUUCCAUUGGUGACUCUUCCCUCCAUAUCAUCUUAAAAAAACUAUUGGAUUUCAUUUUGAAAACAGGUGGUGGAUUCCAACGAGUGAGAACACAUCUGUAUGGAUCACUGCUUUAUUACUUACAGAUUGCCCAGAGACCAGAUGAACCAGACACCUUAGAAGCAGCCAAGAAAACAAUGUGGGAACGUCUGACAGCUCCAGAAGAUGCAUUCAGUAAACUGCAGCGAGAAAACAUGGCAAUUAUUGAAAGCUAUGGUGCUGCCCUCAUGGAGGUGGUCUGCAGAGAUGCCUGUGAUGGCCAUGAGAUAGGCCGGAUGCUAGCACUGGCUUUACUUGAUCGCAUUGUCUCAGUAGACAAGCAGCAGCAAUGGCUCUUGUAUCUCUCCAACAGUGGCUACCUGAAGGUGCUUGUGGAUAGCCUAGCAGAUGAUGACUUCACUCUUCAGAACUUACUCAUGCCUCAACCUCCUUUACUUAAAGCUCUUUACACCUAUGAAUCCAAAAUGGCAUUCUUGACUAGAGUGGCUAAAAUCCAACAGGGGGCAUUAGAGUUGCUGAGGUCUGGAGUAAUUGUGAGGCUUGCACAGUGUCAGGUAUAUGACAUGCGACCAGAGACACAUCAUCAGGGAAUGUUUGGAAUGAGAGAUCCGCCUGUCUUCAUUCCUGCUCCUGUGGAGCGCUAUCGCCAGAUUCUUCUCCCAGCCCUCCAGCUGUGCCAGGUGAUCCUCACAUCCAGCAUGGCACAACAUCUGCAGGCAGCUGGACAGGUUUUGCAGUUUCUAAUAUCCCAUUCAGAUACUAUUCAGGCAAUCUUGCGGUGUCAAGAUGUCAGUGCAGGAUCACUUCAGGAACUAGCCUUUCUGACAGGAAUAAUCAGCAAAGCAGCUCUGCCUGGUGUGUUAGGUGAAUUCGAUAUCGAUAUUAAUGAAGGGACACAAAUGGAGCUACAAGGGCAUAUAGGACGAUUUCAGCGCCAGUGCUUAGGACUUCUAAGUCGGUUUGGAGGUUCAGACAGACUCAAUCAGUUUAAACUGCAAGAUGACAGUGCUGAGGGAGACAGAGUGAGCAAGAGGGAUGAGAUUGAGUUGGCCAUGCAACAGAUCUGUGCAAAUGUAAUGGAGUACUGCCAGUCACUUAUGUUACAGUGUGCCCCCACCUUUCAGCACACAGUUUGUCUGUUCACUCCUAGUCUGUCAGAAUCAACUAACCGAGAUGGACCCCGUCAGGAUACACAAGCACCAGUGGUCCCAUAUUGGCGCCUUCCUGGCUUGGGCAUCAUUGUCUAUCUGUUGAAACAGAAUGCUAAUGAUUUCUUCAGUUACUAUGAUAGCCACCGUCAGAAUGUUAACAAGCUACAGAAUGUGGAGCAGCUCCCACCAGAUGAGAUAAAGGAGCUGUGUCAGUCAGUGAUGCCAGCUGGGGUAGACAAAAUUUCUACUGCCCAAAAAUACGUUUUGGCAAGGCGGCGUCUGGUGAAGCUGAUAAAUAAUCGGGCCAAGUUGCUUUCCCUAUGUUCCUAUAUCAUAGAAACAUGCCUCUUUAUUCUUUGGCGUCACCUGGAAUACUAUCUAUUGCAUUGCACCCCUACUGAUUCCCAAGAUUCGCUGCUGGCCUCCAGGACUCCAUUUAAGAGCAGAAGGCUACAAGAUUCCUUCAGUUUGGAGCCUAACUUGGAUUUCAGAAAUGGGAAGAAUCGAGUGAGCCAGCAUGACAUAGAUCAGCUUCAGAUUGAAGCCACCAACAGCUUUGGUGAAUCUCUGCAGAAGAAGCUCCUUGAUAUUGAAGGGUUAUACUCGAAAGUCCGGUCACGCUAUACUUUCAUUCAAGCACUUGUCAGACGCAUCCGUGGUCUACUAAGGGUAUCAAGGACCUAAAAGACUCCUCCUCAUGCUACCUGCCUCCACAAGUAACAAACCAGGGCAAACUGCCUAAACUCAGAUUUUAUAGAACCUACCUUUUCUAAAUUAUGGCCAAAAAUAUUUUGUUACCUUUUUUUCAUAUCACUAAUUAAUCAGUUUUGUGUAUUCUUUCUUGCGUACUGCCAUCCUCACAGGAAAAAUAAAGGAUUUUUUAAAAGAUG